AAGUUAACAUCCAGAAGAGUCGACUGAAGGUGUGGGGGGUCACCUUGUUCUUGCUAAUCAUGUAAGAAAAUCGAAUCAGUUUUAAGUUAAAACGAAAAAUUAUUUUUGUAAAACGUGAAAUUAAAACACUGCUCGCUUCAAAUCGUUACCAAGUCGCAGGUAAUCAAUCUAUUCAAAUAUCAUACGAACAGCGGAAUCGAGUCCCUGGAACGAGGCGACCUAGGUGAUUAUUGCCCAAAUUGGUGCUGAUUUGUACACACCUUGCGUGUGUGUGUAUAAACAAAAUAUAAAAAAUAAGCAAAAGCAUCAAACACUUCUCCGACACCUACUCAAAAAGCUUAAGACAUUCCAAAAGUAGCCAGCAAUCGGCCAAAACCGAAGCCACAGUAGGCAGCAAGCAGCAGGGAGACCCAGAGCGAUUAACACUUGUUUGGAAAACGCAAGCGCUGGCAGUUUAAACUCACUCUGGAUCAGCCGCAGGAGAUGGAAAUUGAUGCGCAAUCAGCGCAGCGUCCUAACGAGAAUCAUCGUCAUCAAAAAAACUCAUCCAGCGUCACCCACUCGGAGUCAUCAAUGAAUUUCGACUAUUUGCACGGCCUUCGUUCAGGCGCUGUGCCUUCCACAUCCACAGCAGUCUCCAGCGCCAGUGACAAUGGCAGCAACAACUCAUAUGGACUAGUCGACGACAGUAGAGCGCUGGACAGAUCAAUAAAUGCCAAUGAGAGAUUUGUUAACAUAUUGGAUCAGAUUGAUGCACGUGUAGAGAAGCUUCGCAAGGAUGCUCUCAAUUUGCAAGAGAUGAAAGACUACCUUUUAAUGUCUAUGGAUCUGAUUAAAAGCAACGAAAUGCUUCAGAAGAUGAGAGAGUCCGAGCGCGAGGAGAUCAUGUUGUACAUACAGCGAGUUAGUUCACGCCUAGGAACUGUUGAAUUAAAUGUGCGCACAGUGCGUGACACCUCCCAGGAGGAUUCGCUUAGUCAAAUAAAUUCUUUGAUCGACACUAUGAUAAAAGUGGGAGAUCCUGUGAUCGCCCGCCAACGUUGCCAGCUGUACUUGAACGCCUGCUGCAGUAGUGCCAUGGAUCCGUCUGGCUAUCAGGACACACUGGCAGAGGCUGAUGUCGGACCGAUCGACAAGAAAUUUGAGAGCGCUCUGCUUGGUUGUACUUUGGACGAUCAGAAGAACAUCAAGAAGCGAUUGCAGGCCUUAAUGGGUUACUUAAACAAGCAAACUGUUAGCCAUUAAUUUGAUUGUUUUUGAUCCAUUUAAAGUAUAUAGCAUUAUUAUCGAACCAAAACGAAUCACAUCACCAAAUAAAAACAAGUAAACAACAUGCAAGGAAUGUAAAGAAUUCGGAAUCUUUUGGGAACAUUCGAAGUUCGAACCAGCGUUGGCUUAAGACUUUGAACAGUAUUGAUUAAGCGUCGGCAAAGUUUUUACAGUUUUGU